AUGGAAGGGAUAGAGCACAGAACUAUAAAUGUGAAUGGCAUAAACAUGCACGUCGCCGAGAAGGGUAACGGCCCGGUGAUCCUAUUAGUCCACGGCUUCCCGGAGCUCUGGUACACGUGGCGUCACCAGAUUAUGGCCUUGGCUUCACUCGGUUACCGGGCCAUUGCACCGGACCUCCGAGGCUACGGUGACACCGACGCGCCUGAUUCUGCGGCGAAAUACACGUGCUUCGACGUCGUCGGAGACCUUAUAGCGCUGUUGGACGCCGUCGCCGGCGAGGAGGAGAAGGUGUUUGUGGUGGGGCAUGACUGGGGUGCGCUUAUCUCUUGGUAUCUUUGCCUGUUUAGGCCUGACCGUGUCAAGGCUUUGGUGAACUUGAGUGUGGCCUUUAAUCCAAGGAACCCUAACAGGAAGCCCUAUGAGACCUUAAGAGCUCUCUAUGGUGAUGACUACUACGUUUGUAGAUUUCAGGAACCUGGAGAAAUAGAAGCAGAGUUUGCCGAAAUUGGUGCUGCAACAGUAAUCAAGGAAUUUUAUACCUAUAGGAGUCCAAAACCACUUUUUAUGCCUAAAGGUAAAUGUUUUGGGCAUCCGAAAGAUACUCCAAUUGCCUUGCCCAGUUGGGUAUCCGAGGAAGACAUGGACUACUAUGCCAGCAAAUUUGAGAAGACAGGCUUCACAGGAGGAAUAAACUAUUACAGAAACAUAGACAGAAACUGGGAACUUACUGCGCCGUGGACCGGGGCUAAAAUGCAAGUGCCCGUCAAGUUCAUUGUAGGGGAUCAGGACCUUGUUUACAACUUAUAUGGAACGAAGGAUUACAUACACAAAGGUGGCUUCAAGAGAGAUGUGCCUUUUCUGCAGGAAGUGGUGGUAAUGGAAGGAGUAGGCCACUUCGUCAACGAAGAAAAGGCAGAUGAGGUCACCCAGCACAUAUACGAUUUCUUUAGCAAGUCCCAAUCCUCUGCUGUCAAGAACGGAUCAUAUGCAAAGUAUUUGUUUGUGUUUGUGUCUAUGUGUGCCCUAUUUAUGUCAUAUAUGUUUGCUAGAGCUUCUCUCUCUCCCAUGUCCGGCCGGUUCUUUGAGUGAUUUGUGUGGACAUAUAUACUUGGUUCUUUCGUGUGUGUGUUUUUUUAAUGAGAUACUUGUUGCUGCGGUCGUGUCAAUGUGACAUUGAUCUCCGUAAGACAAAGAAGCUUUUUAUAGCAAGAGCCAAGAAAUACUUACCGGUAAUGCACGUUCGUUAGCGUUAAAUCUAUUACUAUAUUAUAAAAGAGAGUUAUUUUAGGAAUACUAUUCAGAAUUUUAACCGUGGACGUUUAGUUUAUGGAU